GGCUGCUUUAUCCGGUAUAGGCUCAAUCUCAACCCCCUACUACUUGAUUUCAAAUUCUGAUUUUAUUCAAAAUAUUAUAUCAAAAAUAUUUCUCUCAAAUUAUUACAACCCUAAUCACAUCCACUACAAUCAUUACAACACAACUAAUCUACAAAACUUGGAUCUAAAUCUCAAAAAAACUAUCGAAAGCUUUAAAAAUACAAUUUCUUUAAUAAAUUCAAGACAAAAUGAAUUAAAUCAUUUAAAAUCAAUUUUAAAUACUAAAAAUACUAAAAAUACUACAAAUACUACAAACAAUACAAACAAUACAAACAAUACAAACAAUACAAACAAUACAAACAAUACAAACAAUACAAUAAUAACCUCAAUAAUAACUCAAACAUGAGCCCUUACUUAAACCCUCUAUCCAAUAAUCAAAAUAAUUAUCACCAAAGAAAAAUAUCAAUCGAUCGAAAAUCAUCUCAAAAUAAUACUAAUAAUAUCCAAAAUAAAAUUUUCUCAAAAAUUAACAUCUUCAACUAUAAAACUAAAAACCAAAUCUCAAAUGACCAAAUUCAAAUUAACGAACUACAACUAGAAAUUAAAACUCUAUCAAGUCUAAAAAAUAACUUAUACUAUGAUAUAGCAAACAUACUCCAAAAAAUCGAUCAAUUGAAAUUCGAUCAAACUCUUUUAGGGAAAUUAAUAUUAUUGGGUAAAAAAAUCUUCUCGGUUUAUUGUGUUUAUAGAUUAAUUAGUAUCUUUUUCAUAAAAUUGCCAAAUCAAAUCUAUAAAAAUUAUUACUCUACUUUAGAUCCAGAAUCCACAUCCUCAAUUGAUGAUAAUGUUCACAACAACAAUAACAAUGACCAAAUAAUUCAGGAUGCAUUGGCUGUAAGUUUAUCCAAAAUAAUAAUAAGUUUGUUUAAUUUAAAGACUGUCGAUGAAAAUUUAUUAUCAAAUCAAAUUGGUUUUUUACUUUCUACUGGUUUAUUUUGUUGUUCAUUUUCAAGUGUAUUGAAUACUUUUGUAAGUUUUUCAAAAUUAUUACCAAUUAAAAUUAAAAACUCCUCAAAUGAAUUAAAUAAUGAUAAUGAUAAUGCAAAGAAAAGUGAAAAAAUUAGUAAAGGCUAUAAUGAUGAUGAUGAAAAUCAACAAUCAUUGUUAUCAAUUUCAAGAAAUCUUGUAGUAGCUGAAUUGACUGGAAUUUAUGUUCUAGCCACUUCAUUAAUGAUAAGAUCAAAUUUAUCGAAAAGUUUAUCAAAUGCAAUCACAAAAAUCUUUAAAAUACCGUUAAAUGUUUUAUUACUAGAUGAGCUAUUCGAUAAAGUAUUUGCGAUAAGUGUUGUGAUAACGAUAAUUCUUUUACAAAUUGAAAAAAGUUUUAACAAUCUAAAGUACAAUUUUUUUGAUAAUGAUGACAAAUUUAUGGAAAUGAAAACGAAUUAUAACGAAUUUUUUUAUGACGAAGAAAAUAUAAUAGAAAAUAAUAUUAAAAUGUAAAAUAAAGUGUACAUCUA